AUGCUGUCUGAAGCUGUGUCCCCUUUGCCAAUCCCCCCACCUGGACCCAUCCGCACCAUAAGCAUCCUGGGAGGGGGGCUUGCACUGAUCCUGGCGAUCAGCACCGCGAUGACCAGAUUUAUGGGCCAGAAGGCUGAGGGCGAGCGCAAAGCCCAACAGGAGCUGGUGGCCCAGCAGGCUAGUCUGUGGCAGGGCAGGCUGAAAGAGUCCAAGCGUGAGUGGCAAAACAGACUGGAGGAGUUGAGGCAGCAGUUGGAGGAGAGCCACCAAAAGAGUUUGCGCAGCCAGCUUGACGUGAAGGACGCCCAACAUGCGAUGCAGCUGCUUAAAACAGAAAAGGGCGUGAGGAGGGAGAUGGAGGACGUGUACAAAUCAAAAAUGAAGGCAUUGAGGGAUGAGGAGAGGGCAAAGGUGAGGCUUGCAGAAAAAAAGGCGGAGGAGGCAGUAGAAAGAGAAAGGGCAUCAGCACGAGAGCUGCGCAGGAGUGUGCAGAAAGUUGAGAAGAUGAAAGCUGAGGAGGAGAGAACGAUGCGACUUCUUGAAGAGAAAGUGGACGACGCCCUGGUGAGGAAAAAGAGGUCAGAGGAGCAGUUGCAGAAGAACGUGGAAAAAUUGAAGACUCUGGAGGAUGACAUGAAGGCGAGGGUGAGGUUGGCUGAGAAGCGAGCAGAGGAUGCCUUGGCAAGGGAAAGAACAGCUGCUGAAGAGCUGAAGAAGAGUGUGGACAAAAUGAAGACCAUGAAGGACGAUGAAAAGGCAAGGGUGAAGCGUGCUGAAAAAAUAGCAGAGGUCGCCUUAGCAAGGGAAAAGGCAACUUCAGAGGAGCUAAAGCUGCAGUUUUCUGAGCUACAAGGUCUACAAAAGGGCCUACUUGAUCGUGAAGACGAGCUGAACAAAAAGAUGGAGUCAUAUGAGGAGCGACUGGUGGCAGCUGGGCCACAACAAGCAGACUAUGAGCUAGAUGCCAUUCGAUCUUCAUUGGAGGCUGCAGUGGGCAUGACCGAGCCAUUGCCAGCUGAUGGGGAACUGAGGGCGGUUACAGAUCAGGACCAUUUGACAGAUGCAGCUGAGGUGGCAGGAGGGGAAGGUACAGAAGAAGAAUACGGUGCAACCGAUGGCCAGAUUCGGAUUGUGGCGGCUGGGGCAAUGAUUCCACAUAUCCUGAAGACUGAAAAGGGGGGCGAAGAUGCAUUUUUCGUGAGUGUUGCCGGUUUGGGUGGCUUCGGGAUUGCGGAUGGUGUUGGCGGCUGGGCAGCAGACGGCAUCGAUCCGGCACGCUAUUCUCGUUCCUUGAUGAGCCACGCUGCCUCGCGGCUGGAGCAGAAUGGCAGGACCUCCAGUGCCUUGGAUGUUGUGGAGUUUGCCCAUCGAUGCACCAAGUCGAAGGGCAGUGCCACGGCAAUCGUGGCAGUGAUGAAGCCUGAGGGCCUCCUGGAGAUUGCCAACAUUGGGGACUGUGGUGCCCAUGUGUUCAGGGGGAAUCGAUGCGUAUUCUCGACAAAGAUCCAGGAGCACGAAUUCAAUAUGCCCUACCAACUUGGCGAUCCAGCUUUCCUUGAGGAAACGGACAUGCCCAGUGAUGCUACCGUGGAUGAGCUGGCACUGCAGCCGGGAGAUAUCGUUGUGAUGGGGAGUGACGGCGUAUUUGACAACCUGUGGAUCGACGACAUUGGCAAGAUCGUCAGUGAGAGUCUCACUCUAAGUGGUGGCAAGUUGGGCGAGCGGGAGGCGCGGGUCCUGGCCCAGAAGAUCACAGAGAGCGCCAACGCGAAUGCAAGGAGCACAGACACGAGGACGCCCUGGGCUGUGGAAGCAGCCUCAAGAGCGGAGGUGCCGCUCUUCGACCGCCUCUUCCCAAGGGGGGGAAAGAUGGACGACUGCACCACUGUCGUGGGUGUAGUCAAAAGCGUGCAUCAGAAGUGA